UUUAGGAGGUGGUUGGCUGGCAGGGGUGAUUCUCCACCAAGCAGCGGCCGGUGAACGGGGAUGACUUCUUAAAGAGGCGUUACAUCCAAAGCAGGGAGCAUCUGCAGCUAUCCUGCUUUGAGCAUCACCGCAGCCACCACAUUCUAUUCUCCUCGCCUUGUCAUACAUAGUACACCAACCAGCAUCAUCAACCCCAACCCGACCCUAACAACAACCCCUGACCAUCAGAGACCACCACCAUCACGUCACCACAGUACACUCCCCGCCCACCAUGCCGACCACAUACGCGGGAAUAACCUCGCAAGAGGUGCACGCCAAGAUCAACCUCCUCAUCUCCGCCAUGGUCGACAUCCGCGACAAAACCGGCGAAUUCCUGCUCACCCUCCCCGACGGGCGCGUGAUCGACACCAAGGGCUGGCAAGACUGGGAAUGGACGCACGGGAUCGGCCUGUACGGCAUCUGGCAGUACUACACCCUGACCAACUCCCCCAACCACCUCGCCAUCAUCGAGGACUGGUUCGCGGCACGCUUCGCCGCGGGCGGCACGACCAAGAACAUCAACACGAUGGCGGCCUUCCUCACCCUCGCGUGCGUCUACGAGCGCACGCGCAACCCGACCUACCUGCCCUGGCUCGACGCCUGGGCCGAGUGGGCGCUGCACGACCUGCCGCGCACGCGCCACGGCGGCAUGCAGCACAUCACCUAUCUGGAAGAGAACCGCGGCCAGCUGUGGGACGACACCCUCAUGAUGACGGUGCUGCCGCUGGCCAAGAUCGGGCUGGUCCUGGGCCGGCCGCACUACGUGGACGAGGCGAAGCGGCAGUUCCUGCUGCAUGUGCAGUAUCUGUUUGAUGCCAAGACCGGGCUGUUCUUUCACGGGUGGGAGUUUGCGGAGCGGGGGCCGGGCGGGCAUCAUUUUGCUGAGGCGAGGUGGGCGCGGGGGAAUAGUUGGUUGACGAUUGCGGUGCCGGAGUUUUUGGAGUUGUUGAGGGAGGGUGGCGCGCGGGACCCGGCGUUGGAGGCGGUGCUGAGGGAUACGUUGCUGGCGCAGUGCCAGGCGUUGGGGCCGUUGCAGGAGGCGGCGACGGGGUUGUGGCGGACGUUGUUGGACGUGCCGGAGUCGGAGGGGUCGUACCCGGAGGCGAGCGCCACGGCGGGGUUUGCGUUUGGCGUGCUCAAGGGGCAGAGGAAGAGGGAUUUGGGGGGUGAGUUUGACGAGAUGGCGAUUAAGGCGGUGAAGGGGGUGUUGGCGAAUAUCAGCGAGGAUGGGGAACUGCUGAACACGUCUUUUGGGACGGGCAUGGGGAGGGAUCUGCAGCAUUACAAAGAUAUCCCGGUGACGAGCAUGCCGUAUGGGCAAGCCAUGGCGAUCAUGGCGCUCGUCGAAUUCUCGAGGAGGUAUCUCUGACGGAUAUCACCCGCUACCUCUUGUGCUCAGUAGCCCCAGUAAUGGCCAUCAACAAUGUCCCAGCCCACUCGGCGAAUGUUUGGAAAGGACCAGCACAGCUGCCGGAAAACUGAGAUAUUCAAACGGGUAUGAUGUGCCUGUCACUAUCUCGAAGGCUCCGGAGCCGUACGGGUUCUGACGAUAUGGUGGGAGGGUAGUCGCUCGACUCGCUCCCACUUCCCGUUGUGACCAACCCAGGGUA